UUACUGAAAGUUUUAAAUAAUAUUAACAUAUAAUUUUUAAAGUAUAUUUUCAGGUAGUUCUUUGACGAAAAAAAAUUCUUUAUGGUCCUCUGUAAUUAUUUCAAAUUGACUCUUGAGGAUUAACACAAAAUGCAGUUAAUGCAAUAACACUAGACAGAUGUGUCACAUAUGUAUGAAAAUAUUGAUUGUUGAAACUAAAAUACAAAUCUUUUAGCCUGCACUUGGCUUUACGUUGGACAAAACAAACCAGUUUUAUAUCUUGGUUUGAAAAGUAAAGUCAAUGCCACAUUUUUUUCAGAUGCCAAAUUUGCAAACAGCUCAACAACAGCAAUUAUAUUGAUAGUAAUAAUAAUAGAAUUAAUUAUCAACAGUGGAGUUAGUAUGAAUAGACCACAUUAUUACCUUAUCUUGUCACAAUCUCGGUAAUAUUUAAAUAUGAAGUUUGUCUUACCUUUGAAUCUUCUUGAAGAACAAAUAACAGACGUUUGAUAGCAGAAAAAAGUUCGGAAAAUAAUCCCAGCACAAUCCAAAUAUUUGGGUAGUGUGAUAUUCACUUGCAGGUGAAGGUGAGCUUUGGUGGUGUUUUUGUUUUUCAACUACGUUCGUUUAUUUUGAAAUGAAUCCUGGCGACCGUGACGUCAUCUGACUGCGCGGUGUGACUGUCGCGAACUUGACGCAGCAACAUCAACUCCAAACGGCGUCAGUGACAGUUGGUCUUUUCGUUGCUCAGGUAAGUGGUCGUCAAGCUGUCGACGGUUUCGACACUAUUUAUCUUUCUUCCAUAUGUUUAUUACUUUUAUGCGGGUGUAGUGUAGCCGGCCUGGCUGGGGCGGACGAGGCGUUUCUGUCACAUGAGGAGGAGGAGGAGAAAGGGGGCUUAAAAAACAGAAAUAGGCUUUUUUGACAGCUAGCUUCUAGCUAGCCUGGUCAGGUAAGGUCGAGUGAUACGGCGGUGUUUCCCGAGGCGUCGUGCCGCUGUCACGGGAUGAGCGAGGCUGUUUGCGGCUUAUUUGUAGCGCACACAGUGGAAAUAGACAUUAUUAAUAGUGUGUGUUUUACCGUGUAGUCAAACCACAACCGCCUCAGUCCGUCUGAGCCAGCAAGGCAGCUCAGGGUGCAUAAGGAGUAACGUUACUGGAGGUAUUUAUCGCUGCUAGCAGUGGAUAGCGUCGCUUUGUUGAACCAAACACCCGCCUCCAUGAUAUGUAACUAUCUGUUAUCAUUGAUAGCGCCGCUGGGAAAACCUCCCAGGAAAGCUGAAAGAAAGUGGAAACCCAGGCCCAGCUGCUUCGAGUCCUCUCCGGGACACACAGCCCCCUGACAUGGAAUAAUUUUUGGCAAGUUUUUUUUGGUUCUUUGUCCCAAUACGUCUACCUUUGGUCUUUAAUUUAAAACGUGUUGACGGAGUUUUGCACCCUGCCAGAGUUGGACAGUCAUGAUGUUGAGCGCUGAAGUCCUGAAGAAGGAGUUUAGCUCAUGACUGGAGACAAUGAAGCACCCAGGGAAGUGACCUCGGUGGACAUCGCAGCCUGAGGGUGCCUCACUGGCACCAUGGCAUCCAACGAGAGACUGUAUGAAGUCUGGAUGUUCUACUGCACCAAGAGGGAUCCAGACUACUUGAAGCUAUGGCUGGAGACGUUCAUCAGCUCCUAUGAGCGAUGCCUCGAUGUGGACUUUGAAAAGCCACCUUCAAGGCUAGAGGAGGUUCCCCCGGUGUUAACGCUCCUCCCAGACAACAUCCUCCAGGUUUUGCGCCUCCAGCUGCUACAGUGUGUCCAGAAAGCCUCUGAUGGCCUGGAGCCUGAGCAGCAAAACCUGGCACUGCUGCUGCUGAAGUUCCUCAUCAUCAUCUGCAGGAACCUGUCCAAUGUGGAGGAGAUUGGCACUUGCUCUUACAUCAAUCACAUCAUCACCAUGACAACACUCUACAUUCAGCAGCUGAAGAGUAAGACCAAAGAGAAGGAGAUGGCAGACCAGAGUCAGGCGGAGGAGUUUGUCCGUCAUGCGUUGGCGUUUUGUGAGAGCCUCUACGACCCGUACCACAACUGGAGGCAUCGAACAUGCGGGGAGCAGUUGGGUACAGUAGAGAGGAGCCGGCAGAAGUACAAGUCAGCUCCACUUACUGUUGAGUUUGUCCCUUUCUUUUACCAGUGCUUCCAGGAGAGCGAGCACCUGAAGGAGAGUCUGAAAUGCUGCUUACUGCACCUAUUUGGAGCCAUAGUAGCUGGUGAUCAGAGGAACGCUCUGCUUGCAAUCUCUCCAGCCACCAUGGAGGUGUUAAUGCGGGUGCUGGCUGACUGCUCCAUGGGUAGCUGCUCUUCAGAUGAGGGCGAGGACUGGGACAGCGAGGCCCCCGAUCGCAAGGCGCUGCUAACUUUAGGCUGCUUGAGGGAGGUGGUGCAGCGUCUCCUGGCCUCCAGCUCUGACCAACGCCAAGUGGAAAUCGCUUCUGUGCUGGAAAACUACUUCAAGCUGCUCAACUCGGACCCAGCGGCCGUUGUUGCUGCACAACAACAGCAACAGCAACAAGCCAAGGGCCGAGUGGCGACGCUCGGUCGACACUGGGAAAGUCGAUUUGUGGCGCUGCAAGUAAACAUGCUAGACACUAUCAGGGACAUGUUCCUGUGUUCAGACAGGCCAGUACUACAAGCCAUCUUCCUCAACAGUAACUGUUUUGAGCAUCUGACACGACUGCUGCAGAACAGCAAGCUGGUUAAUGCUAGGUGCACGGCGGCAGACAAGGACCAGAAAGAUAUAACCAACAACAGGUUACUGACAGGAGAGAGGGACUCUCAGGUGUUUCAAGGGCGUCUAGACUCCCUUGCUGUAGCAACCAUCAAAGCCCUUACAACAGUGAUGCACAAAUCGCCAGCUGCGAAGGAGGUUUUUAAGGAGAGGAUUGGAUACAAUCACCUGUAUGAAGUGCUCACCUCCCUCGGCCAACCAUCCCGACACCUUCUCAAAGAGCUGAUGAACAUGGCAGUGGAGGGUGAGCACACCUCAGUGGGCCUCCUGGGCAUCAGUAAUGUGGAGCCGUUGCUGCUGUUGGUCCAGUGGCUCCCAGAGCUGGACUCGUCAGAACUGCAGCUCUUUACAGCAGAUUGGCUCCGCCGCCUCAGCUGCCUCAACCGACAGACUCGUGCCACCUGUGUCAACGCCACCAUGGUCAUGCGAGCUCUAGCUGCUCUGGAGCGCCACCAACGGCUACACCGAGCUUGCGCCGAAAGCCUUUUGGGAUUAGUCGGGUCACUUGGCUCCCAGUCUUUGAGUGCAAAGGAACUGCUGGGACUCCUGCGCCUCCUCAGACCUCCAGAGUCCAACCAAACACAUCCCUACGUAGGCCCUGCACUGAGAGCCCUGUUGGCUAUGGUACGCAAGCAGGGCCUGGAAAGCGCCAUGCAGUAUUUUGACCUGUCGCCCAGCAUGGCAGGGAUUGUAGUUCCAACAGUUCAACGCUGGCCAGGGUCUGCCUUCAGCUUCCUCGCCUGGUUGUCACUGGACCAGGACCAGCUGGGCCCACCCAGCAAAGACAAGAGGAAACAGCUUUACAGCUUUUUCACUCCAGGAGGAACGGGAUUUGAGGCCUUUAUUAGCUCAGCGGGUGUGUUGGUGGUGGCUGUAUGCACAAAGAAGGAGUAUGUCACUGUCAUGCUGCCCGACUACUGCUUCUGUGACUCCCUCUGGCACAGCAUUGGUGUGGUACAUGUACCUGGAAAGAGGCCAUUUGGACAGAGCCUUGUCUACAUUUAUGUGGACGGACAGCAGAAACUGUCUGCCCCCCUCAAGUACCCCACAAUGACAGAGCCCUUCACGUCCUGCUGCAUCGGCUCAGCAGGCCAGCGUACCACCACUCCUCCACCCUCCCAGAUCCCAGACCCUCCGUUCUCCUCCGCCACCACACCCACCACUCGCUCCUCACUGAGCGGCAUCCUGUCGUCGCAGACCUGGGGGGGGCUGCUCGGCGGAAAACCAGAAUCUGUGACUAAGCUCAUCUCUGCAGGGACCCAGGACAGCGAGUGGGGAAGCCCCACAUCCCUGCAAGGCCAGCUGGGAAGUGUCAUGGUGUUUCAUGAACCCCUGCAGCAAAACCACAUUAAAGCCAUCUGUAGUGCUGGUCCAAACUGCAUCUCUCCAUUUAAAGCCCAGGAAUCAGAGCUCGGAGAUCUUUCAACCAAAUUGCUGCUGCACUACUCACCCAAGGCAUGUAGAAACCCAAUCUGUCUGGAUCUGUCACCAAACAUGCUGCACGGACGUCUGACGGGGAACAAAGUUGUUAACUGGGAUAUCAAGGAUAUGAUCAACUGUGUUGGAGGCGUGCCAGUCCUCAUCCCAAUACUGGAGCAGCUGGCCCUGGUGACCCCUGAUCAACAGAACAGCGAUCCUGCAGCUGGAUCAGACUUCAUCACUCCUGAUGUGACCACACCAGCAGAUGGAGACUGGGUCAUACUCCCAUCCAACAGGGCCUCAGAGGCUCGCCUGGAGAAGAACCUGGUGGCUACUUUCCUGUUAGUGCUGAAGCAUUUCCUGCAGAGACACCUGAUCAACCAGGAAAACCUGCUGCACUCGCAUGGUGUCGGAACACUGGGAGCUCUGCUGCAGAAGUUGCCAGCAGGUCACGUGGACGUCAGCGUGCUGGUUGCUAUGCAGCUGCUGAUCGAGCAGGUGACAUAUGAGAAGAACCAAGCUCUGCUGCAGCAGCUUCACACACAUCUACUGUUCAACUUUAACAUCUGGAACAAAGGAGACUUCCCCCUACGCAUAGGUCAUAUCCAGUACAUGUCCACCGUCAUCAAAGACAACAGGAAGCAGUUCAGGAAAAAAUAUGGAGUUCAGUUUCUGUUUGACACCGUACGCCUCUAUUAUGGGAGGAACGCUAAUAAAGAAAGUGACCUGAGUGAGGAUGACAUUCGUACCAUCCGGGCAUCUCUGUGUGGCCUCAUCAAGUACUACAUCAGCAAGGGCAUGUCACAGGAGGAGAUGCACAGCAUUCUGGGAUACAUCGCUGCAAUAGGAGACGAAGACCAGCUGUGUGGCCUCCUGGAGUUGUUGCUCAGCCUUCUUCAGAGCAGUCCAGCCAGGGACCAACUCUUCCUGCUCCUUUUUGAGCACGGGGCAGCCGACUGCUGCUACGCUCUUCUUCUAAACAACAAACAUUCAGAUCGCCUCAGAGAGCUCGUCUUCAAGCUGUUUGAGCGCAUGUUACGCUGUGACCGCGUCUAUGAGAAGAAUAAGCAGAGGUUGCGACUGAGAGAAGCAGGUUACGCCGGUCUGUCGCUGCUCUUCUCCGAACUUCACAUCACUCCCACCUUGAUCCGCUGUCUCCUCAACCAAGUCCUCCAUACAGAUCAAGUGGUGAACUACAAGGACAUGAUGGCUCUGGUCCAACUUACUCACCGGGCCGGACCCAGUGUACGGCUCAUUGUCUGCAAGAGGGUGUACCAGCUGCUUCAGUCCCAACAGGAUGCUGCCAUUCAGAUCUCAAGGCAGCAGUGUUGGCAGGACACCCUCAUGCGGCUGUACCUACGUGGUGAUGGUUCCCUGCCGCUGCGUAGCUCUGACACUAUCAGCACGUGCAGCCUGGACCUGAGUCGGACCAGUGGCGGCUCUAACCGCCUGGAGCUGCCACUGGAGAGGAGGGCGCGAGCAGGCAGCGCUAGCCGCCUGGAUCGGCUGGAGGAUGACCGGAUCAGCAUUGGUGACACUCGAUCUGUGGACAGCCUGGAGAACGGCGAUGUCAUCUCACUGCUGGAUACGCCAUCCUCCUCUGCCUCGACCGAGCCGCAACUCCACGUCAAGCCCUGGGUGUUGGGAAAAUCAGGGGGCUUGAUGCUGGAUCUGUCCCAUCUGCAGUCCUAUGAGGGCGGAGAGAGUGGCAGCCAGACACCUGGAAGCAUGCCCAGUACACCAUCACCUCUGGAGACCUCAAAGCCUUUCCCAGGACCCUCCGGGGACCGAGAUGCAACUUGUACCCUGACUGAAGACAGCUUCCUCUUCAGUGACAACAUCUCACUGGGGGAAUCCUUCAACAAUGCUGAGCGGGCAGAGGAGGAGCUGUGUAGCAUGCUGCUGGAGAUCGUCCUGUGUGUGAUGUGGCGAGGCGUAGAGGGUUCUGAUGAUUCAGCGUGGCUGGAACGAGGCCAGGUCUUCUCAGCUCUCACCAAACUGGGAACCGCUAAUGAGCUGCUGCUUCCUGUCGACCAGAUCAAGCUCAGUCUGAUGGAGCGCAUGUUAGAGUGGGCAGUGAGUGAUAACCGCGAGGCAUCAGCUGCUACGUUGCCACAACACACAGAGAAUGCAGUUCGGUUGCUUCACAUGGUACAAGACUUCCUGCAGGCUGAGGGCCUAAUCAAUCCAGCGCUGUGGACAGAGAAGGUGCUGGAAGAAACUGUGACGCUGAUGGACAGCCUCAUGGUGUGGUACUCUGCUGGCACUCAGUGGUUCCAGCUGUCACAAGUUGGACUGAGACUGCUGCUGGGUUUCAUGGCUCAGGAGGACCCUGAGGUAUGUGCUAUGGCCACAGCUAAGCUCAAUGGCAUUCUGCAGACCAAGGAGGUGUCCAGCCAGGACGAGGCCUGCUACCUGCUGGGGAAGGUGGAGGGAAUCUUGCGGCGUUCCAUCCAGGAGCAGACUGAGGAGACGUACUCCUUCCUGGUUCCACUGCUGAGAACGCUGCUCUCCAAAGUCCACCGGCUCCUCUACAUGGAGCUGCACCUGCCUCAGCUUCCUGACACCAACGGAAGCCCGUCCUUCUUUGAGGACUUCCAGCUGUACUGCAACUCCCCUGAGUGGCGUGUCUACCUCGACAAAUAUAUUAUUCCGUACAUGAAGCAGUAUGAAAUCGAGAUGUUCAGCCAGGGUCAUGAGACAAUGGCUCUGUACUGGAAAGAGUGCUAUGAGGCGUUUAUGGUCAGCCUGCAUAAGAGAGAGAGGGAGAGGGGUGAGAGCAAGAUCCGCUUCCAGGAACAAUUUGUGGAGCCUUUCUCACGGCGUGGCCGUCAGGAGAACCUGCGCUACAACAGCAUGUUGAAGCAGCAGCACAGCCUGAACAGCGCCACUCUGAGGCAGUGGAAGGCAGCACGGCGAGGUCUGGUGUGUGAAAGAGGACCCUGGGCUGACAGGCAGCAGGAUGAGAUGCAUUGGAGGGUGUCCAGUGCUGAGAACUUCUCCCGCAUGAGGCUGAAGCUGGUCCGUAAUUACAACUUUGAUCCUCACAGAGAGGCCAGUGCUCUGAGAGACAACCUGGGUGUCCAUCAGCAGCGUGUAAACCCAGAGCCUCUGCUACUGGAAGCUGUGAAGCAAGUCAAAGUCAGCGACCUGGAAGACGACAUCCUGGAGCUGCCGGAGGACGACCCUGCUGCCGCCAACAACCAGGUUGAAGCCGAGGAGGCAGGCCAGAAGGAGAAGCUGGUGUUGUGGGAGGAUUGUGAGCUGGUGACGGUGGUGGACGUGGUGCCUGGUCGCCUGGAGCUCACCACACAACACAUUUACUUCUACGACAGCAGCCAGGAGAAAGAGGAAGGAGUGGGUCAUGACUUCAAAUGGCCCCUGUCUCAGAUCAGAGAAGUCCACCUCAGACGAUACAACCUGCGUCGCUCAGCUCUGGAGAUCUUCCUCAUUGACCAGACCAAUUACUUCCUCAACUUCAAAAAAGAGACGAGGAACAAGGUGUACAGCCGCAUGUUACUGCUGCGAUCCCUCAGCCUUUAUGGAACCCGCUCACCUCAGGAGCUCCUCAAAGCCUCUGGGCUCACACAGAAAUGGGUGAACCGGGAGAUUUCCAACUUUGACUACUUGAUGCAGCUCAACACGAUUGCAGGCAGAACGUACAACAACCUGGCUCAAUACCCAGUAUUUCCCUGGAUUCUCGCUGACUACACCUCAGAGGAGCUGGACCUUUCUGAUCCUCGAGUAUUCAGGGACCUAUCAAAGCCAGUGGCGGUGCUUAACGAACGCAAUGCCAAGGCUGUCAGGGAGAAAUAUGAAAGUUUCGAGGACCCAACAGGCACCAUUGACAGGUUCCACUAUGGCACUCACUACUCAAAUGCUGCUGGCGUGAUGCACUACCUGAUCAGAGUGGAGCCCUUCACCUCCCUGCACAUCCAACUGCAGAGUGGACGGUUCGACUGUGCCGACCGCCAGUUCCACUCCAUCCCAGCGACAUGGCAGACCCUCAUGGACAACCCCAAUGACGUUAAGGAGCUCAUCCCUGAGUUCUUCUACUUCCCAGAGUUCCUAGAGAACCAAAAUGGCUUUGAUCUGGGUCGCCUGCAGAUCUCCAAGGAAAGAGUCAAUGACGUUAUUCUGCCCAAAUGGGCCAAAUCCCCCGAGGACUUCAUCUACAAACACCGCAAAGCUCUGGAGUCAGAGUAUGUAUCCGCCCACCUUCAUGAGUGGAUCGAUCUGAUCUUUGGUUACAAACAGAGGGGCCCUGCAGCGGUGGAGGCUCUCAACGUCUUCUACUACUGCACCUAUGAGGGGGCCGUGGACUUGGACGCCAUCACCGAUGAAAAGGAGCGUAAGGCUCUGGAGGGCAUGAUCAGCAACUUUGGUCAGACACCCUGCCAGUUACUCAAGGAGCCUCAUCCAGUGCGUCUGUCUCAGGAGGAAGUGGAGAAGAGGAAGGCUCAGCUGGACUCGUGUCCUCUCAACAUGUUUGAACACCUCAGCGAUCUCAAGUCCUUCUUUGUUGAGGGCAUCAGUGAUAGCGUGCCGCUGAUUAAAGCUGUGGUUCCAAAGAAUCAGUCUCAUUCCUUCAUCACUCAGGGGAGUCCUGACACCAUGGUGACGCUGAGUCAGAACUGCCUGGUCGGGACUCACGGCUGGCUGCCUUACAACAAGAACAUCUCCAACUACUUCACCUUCAUUAAGGAUCCUACCGUGUCCAACACCAAAACCCAGCGUUUCCUGUCAGGACCCUUCGCCCCCGGUGUGGACGUCGCAGCAGGGCUGUUUGUGGUCUCCCACGACGGGAAGCUGCUCUUCAGCGGCGGCCACUGGGACAACAGCCUUCGGGUCACGUCGCUGGUCAAGGGCAAAACUGUGGGACAGCACAUCCGACACAUGGAUAUUGUGACCUGCUUGUCAACAGACCACUGUGGCAUCCACCUGAUCUCUGGCUCCAGAGACACAACCUGCAUGGUGUGGCAGGUUCUACAGCAGGGCGGAGCUCCUGUUGGUCUUUAUCCCAAACCCAUUCAGGUGUUGUACGGACACACAGAUGAGGUGGUCAGCGUCAGCAUCAGCACAGAGCUGGAUAUGGCUGUUUCUGGAUCCCGGGAUGGGACGGUGAUCAUCCACACGGUGCGUCGGGGUCAGUACAUGCGCUGCUUGCGGCCGCCAUGCGACAGCUCCCUGCCGCUGUCCAUCCUCCACCUGGCCGUGUCCUGGGAGGGUCACCUGCUGGUUCACACCUGCCUGGAGGGCAAAGCGACGCUCAAGGAUAAAAAUGCCCUGCACCUCUACUCUGUCAAUGGGAAGCACCUCUGCAGUGAGCCUCUGAAGGAGCAGGUGACAGAUAUGUGUGUUUCAGGGGAGUAUGUGGUCAUCGGCAGCGAGCAGGGAUACCUGUCCAUCCGUGACCUCUACAGCUUGUCUCUGUGUUCAGAGCCGAUGGCCAUGCGGGUGCCGGUCCGUUGUGUGUCCGUCACUAAGGAGCAGAGCCACGUCCUGGUGGGCCUGCAGGACGGGAAGCUGAUCAUCGUGGGCGUGGGGAAGCCGGCGGAGGUAAAGAACUCGCUGCGGAACUACAUCGCUCAGAGCCUUGAGGGAUCGCCGCUCAUGGCCUCGCCGCUGCUGGCCCCUCUUCGGGCUCGAUCACCGACCCGCCUGCUGCACCAGCGAGACCAGCUGGUGUUCAGCCCCACUUCCAGCUCCCACAAACCCUAGCGGCUCCAGAUCCUCCCUCCCCUUUCGUUGCUGUAGAUCCGACACAACACCCAGCUGCACAUAUCUCCCACGCUGCAAAGCUUUCAACACACGGUCACCUCUCCGUCUCAGGGAUGGUUGUCGCCCACAGUCAAUCAUUUGGCUUCACUCCUCCCUCCUCAAACACACACUGACAUCUGAGCCUCAGAUUUAACACAUUCCUUCAGCACAGAACCACAACUGUGAUACGAAAACAACUCUUUGUGCUUACCUCAUUCUGUUGUUUCAUAAUAUUUGGCAUGUGUGCAAUAUUUGACUUGAUUUGGCCGUCGACGUAGGAAAACCUCCAUCCGAUGCUGUUUACCUGAAGUGUUAUGAAGUUCUGUGUUUGUGUGUGCUCUCCAAACUGUAACAAAAUAUGCUGUGAAACAAACUUAACUCUAAUUAACGCUUCUGCAAACUCAAGCCAUAUUACCAGUGUAGCUACAAUCUAAUAACAAUCUAACACUAAUAAUCUCGCGCCAAGAUAGACUUUAAUGUUUUGAUAAUGUAAAUAUUGUGUCAGUGCAGAUGUAGGACUUUGAUACAGGCAGCCUCCUUCUGAACAGUUUGAUCUGAAUCAUUGCACCUUCCUGCUUUUCAUCUUUUUUUUUUUUCCUCAAAUUGACUCACACAAAAGUGAAUCAAGCUUUGAUUUUUUUUUCCUUUAUUGCCUCACAGGUCAAUCAGGCUCCAAUGAACAAAUCAAUCACUCAUGAAUCAUAUCCCUCCUCCUUUUCCCCUCCUCUCUCCUUUUGUUUCCUUUGACUUCACACUUUUCUUUCCCCCACUCUCCCCCCUUCCUUCGUCCUCCUUCCUUCCUUCCUUCCUCCCUCCCUCCCUCCCUCCCUCCUCUUCCUGCACUCUUCCCAGAUGCGUUCGGGCCAGAUCACACGGAAGCUGUGGGGCUCCAGCAGGAGGCUGACUCAGAUCUCCUCGGGGGAGACGGUGUACAACACCCAGCACGACCACCACUGACCCGUCCCCGAGCCCUAAACCAUCCCCUCCAAGCUCAUCCCUCAUUCCCGUCACCCAGCUCACCUCCAUGUCUCUCCGCCGCCAAACAGGUCGCCUCAUGUUGUCUGGUUAUCCCUUCAGUUCCUCCCAUCAACUUUCCUGUUCAGCAGGUGGUGGGUUUUGGCUCUGAGGUGCGAAAAAACAUCACCAAAGCUGCCUGUGUGUGUUUUGCGGGGUGUGCAUUCCUGCUUUGACCUGACUGUCUGGCGCUGGCGCUGUGUUUCCAAAGCAGGAGUAGCAUCAGCCUCGGCCAAACCGCGCCGCUUCCCUCCUCAUUUACAUCACGCCACGCCUCAUUUGAUGGGAUCGGUCGCAUAACUCCAUGUGUGUGUGUGUGAGUGUGCAUGUGCAGCGUAUUGCCAUGCCCGACCCGAAAAUAUGGUUUAAAGUGGCCUUUUUGUCCCCCCUUAGUUUGCCUUGGGUGCAGACAGGCGGGCCUGUGCUCUGUAGGCCGAGACUUUUCAUGGUUGCCUCAAAGCUGCCACCCAGCAGCCUUAUGCAGUAAGACAGCUCCACCACACACAAGACCAAACUCUCUGCCUUUUCUAUGCCUUUUUAUAUGUGUGUGUGUGUGUGUGUGUGUGUGUGUGUGUGUGUGUGUGUGUGUGUGUGUGUGUGUGUGUGUGUGUGUGUGUGUGUGUGUGUGUGUGUGUGUGUGUGUGUGUGUGUGUGUGUGUGUGUGUGUUGUCUUUUUUAUGUUUGUUGUUUUUAGUUUUUGUCUUGUUUUUUGAUAAAUUAAUGCAUGUGCACAGUGACUUGGCAUGGCAGUGUGGUUCAUUCUGAGAUUAGGUAGGAAACUGAGGAUGGAGAUGAUUUAUUUUUUUUUUACAUUUGGAUACAGCUGACUUGUUUUAGUUGAGAAACAUCCUAAACGUAAGAGAGGAUAUCAUCUGUCUUUAAUGUUUUAAUGUUAGCAUAUCAUGUAAGAUAUAGUUUAAUAGAGAUCACUACAAGUAGAACACUACAUUCUCAAAAUACAAGCUUCCGUGUGAAUAUUUAUCACAGCAGUGCAGAGAAGAAGCAACUUUAAAGUCUCUCCGUGCUCCAUUGAAUGUUUUUAAGUUACUUGAAUCCGUGUUUAUUUAUGAGUAAAAGUAGCAGUUUUUUAAUCAGACACCAGUGCGGCAUGUUUUGAAACUCUUCUGACUGUUCAGAUGCCUGAAAAAAGACGGAGAAAGAAGGAAUCCUCAAGGGCUUUAUGAGAUGUCAGUGUUAACAGCAAUACAGCUCCUUCAUCGUGUGCCUGUCAGUGCUUUCUUCCUGUUUUCCCCUCAGCCAGCCCUCCAUCUAUCUCCAGUCUUCCUGUAGCUGAACCGGGACAGUAAAUGUCCCCUAAAUCCCUCCUCGUCCUCCUCCCUUAAAGCCUUUAGCUCCCAUCAUCCUCCUCUGUUCUUUUUACAUCCCAUUCUCCUCCCCGCUCUUUGUGAAGUGACUGAUUUCAGAGGAGUUGUUCUUUUUUUGGGGGGCAUCGAGAGCGUUUGCAUGCCUUGUUUAGGUUGGAGUUGUGUUGUUCCCGUGUGUGUGUGUGUGUGUGUGUGUGUGUGUGUGUGUGUGUGUGUGUGUGUGUGUGUGUGUGUGUGUGCGUGCGUGCGUGCGUGCGUGCGUGCGUGCGUGCGUGCGUGAGUGAGUGUGUGUGUGUGAGGACAUGACAGUGAAGCAUGGGCUUAUUUUGUAUUGCCAAAUAUUCAUCAUUCAUGUUGAUGUCUCUGAUUCUGUGAUUGUUUUGGGUUCAAUAUUGGACACACGGUUGCUCUAACGGUUGUCUCUUUCUUUGUUUUUCCCCCCUGAUUUUGUAUUUUUAUUUAAAUGUCACACCAUGGUGGAGUGCAAAGACCAAUCUGUGUCCUUCUUUAAGAGAUUUCUGUGAAAGGUGCAUCCAGUGUUUCGUUUUUUUUCCUUCUUUGGUUCAUCCACAUUUGUCAGACAGACAACAGACCACAGUUUGACUUGUUCCACGACUGCAACAAACGAGUGCCUUUAUCCCAGCGUGGUGUUAACGUAGAGCUAGAUUCCUCUCAGCUUCCUGUCCCCGACCUUAGCGGAAAUCAGCAUUCCACAAGUUAAACGUCCACAGUUUUGACGGGAACCAAGAAUGCGGGACUUCAAAGAAAAAUCUACAAGUACUAUUUUGUGUCUUAGCUACAUUCUCUGUGACUGUCACCAAAAUGGAUGUGUGUAUAUCUGUGAUUAUUUAUGAAUACAGUAUAUAAUGUACAGCAUGAUUUUUAUUUCAGCGUCUUUGAAAUGUACUUUUGCACUUUCCAGGUACUAAAUUGUAACAAAUAGUUUUAACUUGGCUCCCUAAUCUGUACAAACUGCUUUGUAUACACAAGUGGAAAAUGAUCAUUAAAGUCUUGUCUAAAUUUAAA